UUGUAUAAAUAGCGAUGUUCAAUUCACUUAGAAAAGAGUUAACUGUGAAGCUCUAUUGAUAAUUCAUUAAAAAUGUUGUUCUUAUUUGCAUUGUUCACGGUGACUUUUGCCAGACACGUCGAUCUCCCGUACAUUGCUUUACAUAAUCCUGAUCUCUUCCAAGGAGACAUUAUUGGAAUUGAAGAUAAUGAUGUCAGAAAUGCCAUACCGAUUGCUUCACGUCGCUGGCCGGGUGGAAAAGUGGCCUUUGUCCUCGAUUCAACUAUGGGAGAUAAGAAAUCUUUAAUUAGCCAAGCAAUGAACCACAUAAAUCAACAAACAGGCGGAUGUAUUUCUUUCAAUGAAAGACAAUUGGAAACAGAUUUCAUUAGAUUCAUCAAUGCAGAUGGUUGUUAUUCUAAUAUUGGUCGAGUUGGAGGAUCACAACCUCUAUCCCUGGGAAAAGGGUGCGAAUAUGUAGGCACUAUUNAAACAAUUAUCUUAAAACACCUUUUGAUUAGAUUAUAG